ACGCGAAAUUGGCGAUUGCUGGCAUCACGUACCCAGAGCAGACAAAGUGUCUCAAGAUGCUCAGCCUGCUGCCCGAGUCUUGGCUGCAAUUUAUAAGCGGACUCAGCUUGCCACAAAACCAAAGUCAAUGGACAUUGGAGUGGAUUCGCACCAAGAUUCUGGAAGAAGAUUUUCGUCGCUAUACACUGCGUGGAGGUGAUGACAGCACCAGCGGCUAUGCCAUGCAAGGGACAUGGAGAGAUCGAGGGCGUGGCAAUCGCGGUCGCUCUUACUACAACCAAGGUGGUCGCGGGACUUGGAACCAGCGGGGGCAUGGUGGCGCUGGUGCAAGAGGAAGAGAUCCCUGCACUGAUAUGGGAAUCAACAAAGAAGGAGUUGGGAGAAGUUAAGGCGGGAUCUGGAGUCCAGGGGGAGUGUAAUGGAGGUAGUGCUGCAGGAGUGACGGUUUCUGCAAGGUCGGGGGAGACUGAUUGGGAAACCGCACACAAGCGUCUAGGGCAUGGACAGUACAUCAACACCUUGGCUGAGAAGUACUCUCUGCAGGAAGAACAGACAGUGGUCACACCUUUGCCUUCCGAGUUCAAACUCAUAAAGGCAGCUGAAGGAGAAGGAGUUGAGUGUGAAGACCAGAGGCAAUUCCAAUCCAUGGUCGGGAGCCUACUCUACGCUGCUGUGCAUACUCGGCCUGACAUCAGCUUUGCUUAGGCGGAUACAUCUGCAUGGUGGGAGGUGGGCCUGUAAGUUGGAGGUCCAAGAAGCAGUCUGAGACGGCACUAUCUUCAAUGGAAUCUGAGUACAUGGCGAUGUUUCAUGCGGCAAAAGAAAUCAUCUGGCUAAGGAGGCUCUUGAAGGAGAUCGGCCAUGAACAGACUUCCAGCCGACUUCCUUACCAAGCGGCUAGCUGAAGAGCCACACUGGCGCUGUGCGAGGAUGGCGGGAAUGUCCUUGAACUAGAGACGGCGAAACAAGCCGACAGUCUGAGGGGGAGUGUGUUGAUGCAUAUUCGUUUGCACGUCAUCCUGUC